GCUACGUCCGAAAGACAGAUAGACGGCAGAACAGCCCGGAAGAUGUUUUGGAGAGGGCGGCAACCCUAGUCGUUCAAAAAGGGCUGUCAAUUAGAGGUGUCGCGAAAAAUUUUGGCGUUAACUAUCAGACCCUGAACCGUUUCGUCCGCAUGAAAAAAGAGGGACGUUUAGGACAGCGCAUGGGGUACCAGAACUGCGGAACAAGGGUGUUCACAGAUGAGCAAGAAUCCAUCCUUGAAGGGUAUCUGAAGGAGGCUGCCGAAAUAUUUUUCGGACUGACACCAAAGGAUGUGCGCGUCCUGGCCUAUGACUGUGCCAAAAAAUAUGGGAUCACUGUGCCUCAAUCAUGGGAGGACAACAAGAUGGCGGGUGUGGAGUGGUUUCGGUCAUUUCGUAAGCGCCGAAACCUGGCCGUGAGAACCCCUGAAGCUACUAGCAUGGGAAGAGCAAGCGGCUUCAACAGGCACAACGUAAACGAGUUUUUUGCAAAGCUCACGGAAGUUGUGGACCGCUACCAGUUCAGCAAAGAGGACAUUUGGAAUGUGGACGAAACGGGAGUCACCACGGUGCAAAAGCCACCACAGGUUGUCACCGCUAGAGGUUCGAGGCAGGUGGGGUCUCUGACCUCUGCGGAGCGCGGUGAGCUGGUGACCGUUUGUGCAGCGGUGAGUGCCUGCGGAAAUACAGUACCGCCCAUGCUAAUAUUUCCGCGGGUACGAUACCAGCCUCACUUCGUGAGAGACGGUCCUCCAGGAUGCAUCGGCUCCGCGUACCCAUCUGGCUGGAUGACGAAGGAAAACUUCAAAAUCUUCCUCGUCCACUUCGUGAAGCACACGCGAUGCUCAAAAGAGAGGCCGGUGCUUCUUCUUCUCGACAACCAUGAAAGUCACCUUGGCGUAGAGGCUGUGACCUACGCUAAGGAAAACGGCGUGGUCUUGCUGUCAUUCCCGCCCCACUGCUCGCACAAACUGCAGCCUCUCGACAGAUCAGUGUACGGUCCACUGAAACGAUACCUUGGAUGCGCACAGGCGAACUGGCUUCGCAACAACAGAGGGCGCACAAUGACUAUCCACGACAUCCCCGGCGUACUCCGCGACGCCUGGGCAAGUGCCAGCACACAGGCCAACAUCACGAGCGGGUUCCGCGUGUCGGGCAUAGUUCCGCUUAACCCUGAAGUCUUCUGUGAAGCAGACUUCUGCCCGUCACAAGUAACAGAUCGUCCAAGAGACGCUGGAGAGGACGGUGCAAGAGCAACUGGCACUCCUCAGCACGUGUCGGACCCGAGCAGCGCUCCUCAGCGCGCGCCGGACCCGAGCAGCGCUCCUCAGUGCGCGCCCGGCCCGAGCAGCGCUCCUCAGUGCGCGCCUGGCCCGAGCAGCGCUCCUCAGCGCGCGCCGGACUUCACGGGUGAUGACGAGGACGUGGGCAGCCUGUACGUUGUGAGUGACAUGUUCUAUAACUAUGUCCGCGAGUAUUCCUCCCUCACGGUGGUUCUGUGCUCCGAUAACAACCUGCAAAAGAUGAGGGAGAUUUUCUUCCGAAUGCAGCUUUAUAAGCACCUGCAGAAAAGGUCUCUGAGCUAG